ACCUAUUUAAAAAUGUAUGCGUAGACUGAUUGUGGUGAAUGUAGUUUCUUAUGUAUUUCUGCUUGCAGUGUUAUCAUGAGACGCCCUAGCUGCUUUCUUGCAUCCUCAUUCCAAAUUGACGUUUGCAAACAGGUAGUAUGUGUUAUAUAUACAGUAUAUGUACACGGAAAAUGCUCGUAAAAUAUUAUAAUACAAUUAAAGAGACUCGAAACGGGCUGCAUUACAUAUCAGGUGAUUAUAUUAUGUUACAUAACUGCUGCCUUCCUCUUUAAAUGACAGGAACUUCAUUAGGUGAACAUGCUUUAAAGAGCCAGAGCAAAAAAGAAGGAAUUCAGUAGUAAUCUGAUCGUUCCACAUCACUUUGAAUUUACUUUGUCAGUGUGUUAUUAAUACACUGCUAGGAUGUCUCCUGCCCGGCUGUGCAGUCAGAAGAUGAGGAUGGGUGUUACUGUGUGAGGAAUUAAAGAUCCUCCCAGUGUUUCUUUCCUUCAGACUGAGCUGGAGAUCAUGGAGGCUGGAUCUGUGGUUUUCUCAAGGGACUCUCAGUGGUUCGUUUUCAAUGGUUCUUCCAACAGCAGCACACACACCCCUUUGCUUGAAGAAUCGCUCUCUGUGUCGGGAAGUCCUCGUCGUGUGUUGGGGAGUGUUGGAAUGGUCUUAAUCAUACUUCUCACUGGCUCAAUAAGUCUACUUACGGUCCUGGGCAACGUCCUGGUUCUGCUUUCAAUCAAAGUCAACCGCAAUCUCCGAACCAUCAACAACUAUUUCCUUUUUAGUCUCGCUUGCUCGGAUCUUAUCGUCGGUGUGUUCUCUAUGAAUCUCUACAUUGUUUACGUGGUGAAAGGAUAUUGGCCUUUGGGGCCGCAAAUGUGCGACUUGUGGUUGGUUGUGGAUUACGUGGUGAGUAACGCCUCUGUGAUGAACCUCCUGUUGAUCUGCUUUGAUCGCUACUUCUGCGUGACCCGGCCUUUGAGUUACCCUACCAAACGCACCGCGAGAUGGGCUGGGGCAAUGAUUACCGUGGCUUGGUUACAGUCUCUGCUUCUGUGGGCUCCGGCCAUCCUGCUUUGGCAGGCUGGGAGGGACCGAAGUAAAGUUCCUGAGGGACAGUGUUACAUCCUGCUACUUGCUAACCCAGCUGUAACCCUCGCUACGACCAUCCCGGCGUUCUACAUUCCCGUUAUAAUUAUGACAGUACUGUACACGCGGAUAUCCCUGGCAAGCCAGAGGCAGGUUCACAAGUUGAAACCUGAAUCCGCAAACCUUCUUUAUCCAUCCAAAACAAGCAGAGUUAAGUCUCUUGCAAACCCUGACCUAGUGAAUGACAUUAAGCCAUGCUCCUGCAAACAAGAGUUGGAUCUCGGUAGAACCAAACAACUCUUCAGCCUCCCUUCUGUUGAGUUCAGCAAAACAGAGUACUCCAUGGAUUCAAGUCCCGAUGUUUCUGCUGAACACCGAGGACUGGAUGCGGAAGCUUCAAGACUGAAGAACUCGACUGAAACGAACAGGAAAACACAAGCUGACUGUCUUCAAACCAAUAGUGGCGUUCAGGUUCAAAGGCAAACAUCCAAUAUGGUCUCCAAGAAUGCCAAACGUAAGGCUUUGAGGGAGAGGAAGGUGACCAAGACUGUCCUCGCUGUUCUUCUGGCCUUCAUCAUCACUUGGACGCCCUACAGUGUCAUGGUUCUGAUUGGUACCUUCUGUCGUUGGUGUGUCCCUGAGGUUUUGUGGAUGGUGGGAUACUUUCUGUGCUAUGUCAACAGCACGGUAAAUCCUGUAUGCUACGCGCUUUGUAAUGCCACCUUCAAGAGAACAUUCAAACGACUGUUAAGGUGCAAGUUCAAGAAUCUGGCGUUGAAAUAACUCUUGAUCAAUGAGGAACCAGAUUUUUUUCUGACUUUAAAGAAGACUUGCUAAGACUGUUCUUUUUAUCAUGUUGCCAAUAAUCUAUGUGUGCCUGCAUAAUGGUUUGUACAGUUUUUAAAGUGGUAGUGCACCCAAAAAGUAAAAUUUGUCAUCAUUUGCUUACCCUUCACUUUUCAAAACCUUUGAUUUUCUUUCUUAUGUUGAACACAAAAGAAGAUAUUUUGAAAAAUCCUGGGCUUUUUUUCUUACUUUGGAAGUUGAUGUGGGUACCAGGCAUUCUUGAAAAUGUCAUUUUUGUGUUCAACAGAAGAAAGAAACUCCUGAAACUCCUAAAUUAGGUCAUUUUUGUGUGAACU